AUGGAUUUCAUUGAAUACCAGGACUUUGCAACGGUAGAUGCAACCUCAAGUACCACAAGUGAUUCUCUCCCAACUCCUGUCAAACGAUUGAAUCUCUCCUCAAUCGAUGGCAAUGAUACAGUGAAAUUCUCUAAGAGUGAAUUCAAGUUACCAAAUCUAAGUUCCACUAAGGAUAGUGAUGAGACAAAUGUAAAUGCUACACUGUAUGAUAAAAUGGCACAAUAUGCAAACCUUUCGAUUGAACGAAUGAAUAAUGGUGUUGUGGAUCUGGGAAGGGAAUCAUUUGACAAUAACGCCAAUGAGCUCCAGAUUCCAGCAUCAAAUUUAGAUGCGACAACUGCAGUUUUGUCAAAAAAGCUGUCUAAGGUUCUCAAUGACUACAAUUUGAAUAACUAUCAAUCGACUCUGAAGUUAAGAAAGGCUUUGGAUUUAUUAGAAAAGAAUAAGAAAAAUUCUUCGUUUAACAGUGAGGCACUUGUUACUUCCGAAUAUAUUGGUAGUUUGGCCAGAAAAAUCUUGAGAAGUGACCUGGAAAAUGAGCUAUUGAAAGAACAUAUUACUACUCUAGAAGAGUUUAGGCCCAUUAUUAGAAGAAUCAAAAGAUUGGCUACGUCCAUUGAAAAGAUUAAAGAGGAAACAUCAUAUAUUAUAAAAGACCAAGAUAAAAUAGAAGGUAAAGCGGUCAACAGGGCAAUAUUACAAGACGUGAGUGACUUACAAUCACAAAUGAAAUCGUUGGGUCUAAAAAAACAACUUUUAACCUCUGUAAAAGAAAAAUUCACCUUAACUCAAGUGGAGGACGAUAUAAUAACUAAUGGUUCAAUAAAUAAUGAGUUUUUCAUUGUGGCUAAUAAGGUAUUGAACAUUAGAGAAAAUGCAACUUACCUACUCGCUUUGCCAAAUUCAAAUGCUGGACAAGCUUUAAUAUCAAAAGUAAACGAAUUAUUAACCAUAAUCAAUAGAAAAUUCUUUAAUUUUUUAACGGAUUUCCUUUACAGUUUCGAAUCCAAUUCUGUAUUAUCGAGCAAUGAAAACAAAGACGAAGAUUUGAUUCUUUUCCAAAAAUCGUUACUUUAUCUUUCCAAUGACCUCGAGUAUUUUAACGAAUUUAUUAAAAAGACAACUGCAAUGAGGUCAAAAUUAAUAUUAGAUGAAUUUUUGUCACAGUUUGAUUUAAAUAAACUUUCAGUUUCAAAUGGAUCAAAACCAAUUAUUUUAUCUGCACAUGACCCAAUUCGUUACAUUGGUGAUGUCUUAGCCACCAUACAUUCUUUAAUUGCUAAUGAGGCUGAUUUUAUCAAGUCAUUAUUCAAAUUUCAAUACCAAGAAUUUGAUAAUACACCAAAAUCAAUAUUAACGCAAAAUGAAAAUGAAUUCUUUCUCGAAGGUCUUGACAUUAAAGUGCUAAAUAUGGUUGUUUCAUCACUAGCGAACUCAGCACGUAUUAGAAUUGAACAAAUCGUUAGAUUUGAAGAAAAUUUCAAGAUCAAUUUUGAAGUUGCUCAACUUUUGAAACUAUAUCAAUUAAUGUUCAUUAGGAAAAAUAUUAAAGAUGAUUCUGCUUUAAUUACAAAUCUAAAAAAUUUACAAAAUAUUUCAAAUGAUAAAUUGUUAGAUUUCUUCACCAAAUAUAUUGAACAGAAGAUUAAAACUGUGAAUUAUCAAGAAUCUGGUAACGAUGAUUUACUACCGCCAGACUGGCUAAACGAAUAUUUGAAUUAUGUAGUAGAACUGUUUGAAUUGUACGAAAGAAACACUAAGGAAGAGGAUUCUAUCUCUCUAGACGUUUUGAAUAAAAUUAUCACUGAACCAUGCAAUAAGAUUUUAUUAGAACAAUUACAAAAAGUCUUCCCCUUGGCAAAGAAAAAUGAGAGCGCAAGACUAUCCUUAUUAACUAUAGAAAUCAAUUGUUUCGAUUUAAUUAAAUCUAGACUCAAACCAUUUGUUAGUGCAAUUUUUACCAAGAAUGAGGAAGAUGAAACACAUUCUAAAUAUCAAAUCUACAAGGCCAUGGAUGAUAAAUUGAACACUUUUAUUAAUGAUAUGACUAAUUUACAAACGAAAAUUUUAUUUGAGAAGACUGGGCUAGACAUGUAUAACAAUCUGUUGAAUAUGAUUUUUCCAAUUAAGUCUGUGCAGGACGAAUUAGAUUACGAUAUGUAUUUUUCAUUGAAUGAGAAUCAACUAAUGGCCCUAGAAAAUAUAACUAAAAAUAUCACAGAGAAAUUGAAUGAAUAUGUCCCCAUUGCACUUACGGAUGUCCAAGAAAAUUUGUUGUUCAAGUUAACCUCCCCAAGUAUAGCAGAUCAAAUUUGUAGUAGCAGUUUCAACGAGUUAUCUAUAUUUUAUCGGAUAUUUAGAAAAGUUUUAGCUCAUUUAAAUCCCGAUAACGUUGAUGAAAUCAAUUCAAACAUAUUAAAUUUCUCAGAAGAAGAAUUUGAUACAUUAAUUGGUAUAGAAUAG